UGCACCAAAUCUUGUAAGCUUAAGCUCUACGCAUUCCCAUUUCCCAAACCAUCAUCUCUGUCAUCAGCCCAGGCAAAAGACAAACUCAUUGAUUCUUACCUUCCUGCUUAAAAAUGGCAGACAAGAGCUGUGAGGCUAUGAAUGUACGCUUUCUCAUAAAUACUAAAACCCGACGUAUCAUAUAUGCGGAGGCUGGUAAAGAGUUUGUUGAUUUUCUGUUUAGUUUUCUUUCCAUGCCCAUCGGUUCUGUCCUCAAAUUAGUGCAUGAAUCCGAAUCCAAUAGAAGAAAAAAUGGUUCUCUAUCCAACCUCUAUGACAGCAUGGAAAAACUACCCUCUCAGUUUAUGAGUACAGAUAAGUCCCAGCUGCUUGACCCCAAAUUUAUGACGAACUACUCUAAUAAGUCUCUUAAGAUCGAAGGCGGAAAAUAUUACGCCUGCUCUUAUCCAGACACAACUCACAGUAGUUCGUCCUUCGGUUCAACUGGUUCUUUUACCUUGGGAGGUCCUUCUCUCUUCGGAAGUCUUCCUCGUAAAAUAUCACCAUCGACAAUUCACAAUAUGAGCACCAGCAACAAAGAUAUAUGUAUCUGCGGAAAUCCUAUUAACCGCCCUCUUCAGCUAUUGCAGAAUAGCUAUAGCAGCGGAAGUAACAGCCAAAAUGCGGGGCAAGGACAAAGCGGUUACGUGAAAGAAAUAGCCAUGUUUAUUAUAACCGAUGACUUGAAGAUAACAGGGAGUUCAACUAGCGUCAUCAUGACAUUGCUCAAUCAGCUCAAUAUCAAAGAUUUAACAGAACUUGAAGAGCGCACAACGAUUGUUGAUCGUAACAAGGCAUUGAAGCUGCUUGAGGCUUCUUUGGUUUCAACAACUGUCUUGAGCGAUGUUUUUGGAGCAGAGUUUUCUUGUGCCAGACAGGCGACGUUGUAGAAUAACAAGAGAAGGAGCGACGGCUUACAAUAGUUUGUGGGUAACCCUAAAAUUAGCUCUACAUUUCAUUUUCUUUAGUGGCAUAAGAUUUAAGGUUAAUAGGCUGGAAAGCUUACUUUUCCUGAUGGUAAGCUACUUUCGUUGUGACAUAAGAUUUAUAGUUACCUGGAAAGCUUACUUUUAGAGUGAGUUCUUUAGUAAGCCAGAUUCUUCAGAAUUACAGCAACACUGUAGAAUACUAAGUAAAGGGAGAAAUAUUAUGUUUGUUCUUUCUGUAAA